CCCUGCGCUACUAGCCGGCAAAAGUUCAACUAUAUAUAUAGUGAGCUACGCAGUGAACCAUCAGUGGAAUAAAACACAGAUCAAGCUGUCAACAUGUUCGUGAUAUUUGUCUUGUGCUCGGUGUGUCUAACAUUUAUCAGCGGUCAGAAAGAGGACCCGGAUGUUUCCAGGUGUCCUGCUAAGCUGAUGAGAGACCAGUAUCUGAGAACACGAGGUGACCUAUGUUACAAGUUUGUACUCGACCAGAAUGUAACCCAGAUACAAGCGGAGCAGAAGUGCGCCCUGAAUGGAGGGACUCUCGUCACAGUGAAAAACACAAGUGUGGAGGAUUUCAUUGGAACCAUCAUGUAUUAUUUACACUUUGACGGACUGGUCUGGAUUGGACUCAACGAUAUUGAAACUGAAGGGAAGUACUACUGGAGCACAGGUAGAGACAUAUACGUAGAGACGUGA